AUGAUCUUUGCAAUAGAGGAAAUAAAUACAAAUCCAAGUAUCCUUCCAAACCACACACUGGGAUAUGAAAUCUAUAAUGCCUGUGGAUUCUUCAUCCUUCAGUCUGCACUUGCACUUUCCAAUGGACAAGAACCUGUCAUUGAUGAAAGAAACUGCACAAAGAUUAAAACUGCACAGGCUAUUAUAGGACAUUCGGCAUCAACUCCAACCAUUGGCUUUGCAAGAAUAAUGGGUCGAUUCCAUAUACCCACAAUCAGUCAUUUUGCCACCUGUGCCUGCCUGAGCAACAGAAAAGAGUUUCCUUCGUUCUUCAGGACCAUUCCUAAUGACUACUACCAAAGCAGAGCGCUGGCCCAGCUGGUCAAACACUUCGGCUGGACAUGGGUGGGAGCCUUAAGCAAUGAAAAUGAUUAUGGUAUAAAUGGCAUCACCACAUUCAUUAAAGCUGCUCAAGAGGAGGGCAUUUGCAUUGAGUACUCGGCCUCAUUUGAAAGCACAUACUCAAUAACUUCCCUAAUAAAAACAGUAGAAAUCAUCAAAAGCUCCACAUCAAAGGUAAUAAUGGCCUUCAUGUCACACAGAGAGAUCAAGAUGCUGGUCGAGGAAUUAUACAGGCAGAACAUUACAGGUCUGCAGUGGAUUGGAAGUGAUGCUUGGAUCACAGAUGAUUCGCUUGCAGACGGCCCAGGCCACACUCUGCUCGUCGGGUCUGUAGGAUUUACUGUCCGCAACGCACAGAUCCCUGGACUAGGCCCUUUUCUACGAGAAGUCCAUCCCUCUCAGUUUCCUAACAGCAUGUUUCUCAGAGAAUUCUGGGAAAAUGUAUUUAAAUGCUCAUUCAGUCCAAACAGUGUGCAAAGGAAAUGUAAUGGCUCUGAGAACUUGGCAUAUGUUAAACAUCCUUUCACUGAUGUGUCUGAUCUGAGAUUCAUCAACAAUGUCUAUCAGGCUGUGUAUGCAGUUGCUCAUGCACUACACAAUUUACUCUCAUGUAAGCAACAAAAAGGCCCUUUUAGUAAUGCCACAUGUGGCCAGACCAUGACAAUACAACCCUGGCAGGUUUUACAUUAUUUACAAACUGUCAAUUUCAGCAUGAAUGGGGGAGAAACUGUGUUUUUUGACAGACAAGGUGACCCCCCUGCAAGAUAUGAACUGGUAAACUUGCAAAAGGUCACAAAAGGCACCAUGGAGGUGGCAACAAUUGGCUACUAUGAUGCAACCCAGCCCCAAGGCCAACAGUUUACCAUGAACCCCGUCAACAUCAUCUGGGGAGGUGGACUAAAGAGCCUUUUCCCUGAUGUGUGGCAGGUGCCUGUGUCUGUGUGCAGUGAGAGUUGUCCUCCAGGCACUAGGAAGGCUGUACAGAAAGGACGACCCAUCUGUUGUUAUGACUGUAUUCCAUGUCCUCCAGGAGAGAUUAGCAACACAACAGAUGCAUCUGACUGUGUGAAGUGCCCUUUCGGAUACUGGUCCAAUAGCAGAAGUGAUGAGUGUAUCAUUAAGACAGUGGAAUUCCUGUCAUUCACCGAAAUCAUGGGUAUCAUUUUGAUGAUGUUUGGGUUACUUGGUGUGUUUCUAACCUUGAUUGUAUUUGUAGUUUUCUUUCAACAUAGAGACACUCCUAUAGUAAAAGCCAACAACUCAGAGCUGAGCUUCCUGCUGCUCUUCUCAUUGACUCUGUGUUUUCUCUGUUCACUUACUUUCAUUGGUCGCCCCACUGAGUGGUCCUGUAUGUUACGUCACACAGCGUUUGGGAUCACUUUUGUCCUCUGUAUCUCUUGUGUUCUGGGGAAAACAAUAGUUGUGUUAAUGGCCUUCAAGGCCACACUUCCAGGAAGUAAUGUCAUGAAAUGGUUUGGGCCUGUACAACAGAGACUCAGUGUUCUUGCCUUUACACUUAUUCAGGUUCUUAUCUGUGUGCUUUGGUUAACAAUAUCCCCACCAUUUCCAUACAUGAAUAUGAACUAUUACAGAGAAAAGAUCAUCUUGGAAUGUCAUUUAGGUUCUGCUGCGGGUAUCUGGGCUGGACUGGGUUAUAUUGGUAUACUAGCCAUCUUGUGCUUCAUUCUUGCUUUUCUGGCUCGGAAGCUGCCUGAUAAUUUCAAUGAAGCUAAAUUCAUCACAUUCAGUAUGCUCAUAUUCUGUGCUGUGUGGAUCACAUUUAUUCCAGUUUACGCAAGCACACCUGGAAAGUUUACAGUAGCUGUGGAGAUAUUUGCCAUUCUGGCCUCCAGUUAUAGUUUGCUGCUAUGUAUUUUUAUUCCAAAAUGUUAUGUCAUUCUUUUAAGACCAGACGCCAACACAAAAAAACAUCUACUAGGAAAAAUGCCACAUUAA